AUGAUGGGGCGUGAAGGAAAUUGGUACACUUUGUGGGGAAUUUUCUUCUGGAAAUCAUCUUCUCAAAAAGAAAGAAGGAAAAUGAUCAAGAUCUUAGUUUUGGCGUGUCUGGCCUCAGUGGCUCUGGCAAAGGUUUUGGACGUUCCCAGUCUUCAUGACUUUAUCGAUGGUGUGGAUAUGCUUCAGCGCGAGGAGGGUGUUUCUCAGUACUUUGAGAGUAGGAUUGUUGGUGGAGCUACAGCAGCACCUGGCCAAUUCCCCUACCAAGCUUCCCUGAGGACAACUGGAAAUGCCCACUUCUGCGGUGGUUUCAUUGCCAACAAUCGUUGGGUUGUGUCAGCUGCUCAUUGCACUAUCAAUCGCACCCCAGCCAAUACUGUUGUUGUUUUGGGAGCACACUCAAGAACCACCGGAGGUACCACAUUUGCUCUGUCCACCAUUGUCAAUCAUCCAGACUAUCAUGCUCCCACCAUUGCCUGGGAUGUGUGCGUUCUCCAAACCACCGAGACAAUUGCCUUCACAAACCUCAUCCAGCCCAUCCCACUUGGAUCUGAAUUCAUCGGUGGCGGUGCAACUGCUGUCGUAUCCGGUUGGGGACUAACUUCCUCCCCAGGCAGUUUGGCAGCAAAUCUGCAAUUCGUGCACGUGCAAACGUGGAACAAUCCCGCCUGCCGUGAUGCUCUAGGAGCCAGUGGGGACAUGGUGUUCGACCAUAAGAUCUGUGCUGGUGGUGUGGAGGGACAAGGAGUGUGCUCAGCUGAUUCCGGUGGUCCACUUGCAAUUGGCAACUCAGCAAUUGGUAUUGUUUCCUGGGGAGUUCCCUGCGCUCGUGGCUUCCCUGAUGGCUACGAUCGUGUGUCAUACCACCGUUCUUGGAUUCUUCAAUACAUCUAAAUUACUAGCAAAUACGAUAAUUUUUAAUUCCUUCUCAACACCACGAGGCUUUAAAAAUUGAAAUUGUUGCUGUUUAGUUAUAAUUCUAAUCUGAUAAACCAUAGAAAUAGUCAAACCUUGCAGAUGAACAGAACAUCUAGCAAUUGUUUAUUUUUUUGCAGUUGAAGUAGAAAGGGUUGAAAAUCACCAAUAGAUUUUUUUUACGAGCAUAGAUAACCAGCAUAGCAUGACCUAUCUAUGCUGUAUUUUCAUCAGAAAAGAAAUCUAAGAAAAAGUAAAUAUUGCUAUUGACUAGCACACGAUUUUAGCAUAAUACAGAAGUUAGCUACUUUUUGCUAAUAAAUUAUUUUGAAAUAGA